AUGCUGCAGCCACAGUUCAAACCUCACAACAUCCAGCAGGUUCUGCUCAGACUCUUCCAGGUGAUCCCUGGACGGUCUCCGUACGGCUCCUGGGAUCCUGGACGCUGCCUGCGCUGCGCCGUGGUGGGGAACUCAGGAAACCUGCGGGAGGCCGGAUACGGAGCCGCCAUCGAUGGACACGACUUCAUCAUGAGGAUCAAUCUGGCUCCCACGGUGGGCUACGAGGACGAUGCCGGCAGCCGGACCACCCAUCACUUCAUGUACCCAGAGAGCGCCAAAAACCUGGCCCCCAACGUCAGCUUCGUCCUGGUUCCCUUCAAGACUCUGGACCUGGUCUGGAUCACCAGCGCUCUGUCCACGGGACAGAUCCGAUUUACUUACGCUCCGGUGAAGCAGUUCCUCCGUGUGGAUAAAGAGAAGGUCCAGAUCUUCAAUCCUGCCUUCUUCAAAUACAUCCACGACCACUGGACCAGGCAUCAUGGACGGUACCCGUCCACCGGCAUGCUGGUCCUGUUCUUCGCUCUGCACGUCUGUGACGAGGUCAACGUGUUCGGCUUCGGCGCCGACAGCCGAGGAAACUGGCACCACUACUGGGAGCAGAACCGAUACUCCGGAGAAUUCAGGAAGACCGGCGUCCACGACGCGGACUACGAGGCUCAGAUCAUCCAGCAGCUGGCCGAGGCGGGAAAAAUCACCGUGUUCCCAGGAAAAUGAGCCGCCUCCAGAGUAGACCUGAGACCAAACAAACCAUCCCAGACCGGACCGGACCGGACCGGACCGGACUCAUCCUGGUCUGAAGUCCAUCUGUGAGCUCAAAACUCCAUUUACACUUCCACCAGGUGCAAGACCACCAGACCACCAAGUCUCCCUUUGAUCAUCUAAAAGAAGAACCUGAGGGGACAUAUGAGCAGCUGGAAGACAGAACCUCAUCCAGCUGUGGACCCAGUCAGACCCUGAUAGACCCAGUCAGACCCUGAUAGACCCAGUCAGACCCUGAUAGACCCAGUCAGACCCUGAUAGACCCAGUCAGUCAGAAAUGUUUGAGGACAGCAUGGUCCUGACUAAAACCACAAAAGAGAAUCUGAUCAUCUCAAUCUGAACAUCAGAUCCACGUGGGAACAUCUCUGAUCCAUGUGGGAACAUCUCAGAUCCAUGUGGGAACAU